AUGCCCUCCCGACCCUUCAUUCUCCGCCCCGCAACCCUUUCCGACAUCCCCCAAAUGACACACAUCGUCAUCGCAGCCUAUAGUCCCAGUCCCGUAAGCGACUUCCUCCAUCCGCACGCGAAACAAUAUCCACGAGAUCAACAAAUCUCCGUUGCACAAGCCGUUACAAAAUCCUAUCUGAACCCUCAUACUCUGACUUUAGUCGUCUGUUCUCCGGAGUCACCUGAUGCUCUUUUGGCUUAUGGAAUGUACAGUCGUAAAGGUGUGGAUUCUGGAGUUCAGAAAUUCGUAAAUGAGAGGAACGGCUUGGAAAGAUUGGGGAGAUGGAUGUUGACUUCUAUUUUAACGGUUCUGUUCGCAGUAUAUAAUUACUUCCGGCCCGACCGUGCUACGUCAAAACCCAACAGGGCCGUUUUCAAUCACUCAAUCAAAAUCGAUCAAGAGCGUUAUUGGUCUCCGGAAGCUUUCCCAAGGAGGCGAAAUCGCUGGCAUGUCAAUAGUAUCGUUGUGCUUCCCGAGUACCAAGGAAAAGGCAUUGGAAAAUUGUUGAUGGAGUAUAUUUUGGAGAGAGCGGGAAAAGAAAAAGUUCCUGCGGGAUUGACUGCUAGUAUUGAAGGAGAGAAAUUGUAUAGAAAAGUGGGGUUCAGAAUGCUAGGAGAUUUUUAUACGAGAGUUGGGAGGCAGCAUGCAGAGGGAGGCGGGCAUAUGAUUUGGUGGCCGGAAGGUGUUGAGAAGGAUGGAGAUUACUGA